AUGGAUUAUUACCAGCAUAAAUCUGGUGCUCAAAAAAGAAAAGAAAAGAUUGCUCGAGAAAAAUCAGCCAAGAAGGGUCAAAGUACGAUUGAGUCUUUUGGAUUUAUAAAUUGUAAUCAUAUUGAUGGUGUUUCUAAGGAUCAGAUGAGCAAGAUGAAGUCACAACUCUCAAAUGUUGAAGUAGAGCCAGUGCCAAUUGAGGAAGAUGAAUUGUUAAAUAGGAAAGUUAUGAGUGCUGAUGUGAAAGAGAAUGUUAUAGACGAAAAUGAAAAUAUUCUUCCAAAGACAUCAACUGCAAGGCUAGAAGAAUUACAAGACAAGGCAGAUGAUGUCCAACUAGUUUCAUCAAAUAACUAUGAUAUUGGUUUAAUUAAGGAAUUAUUUUGCACUGCUGAACAAAUAGAAAAAUUUGUUCAUCAUGGACCCAUUGCUCACCCAACAAAAUUUCGAAAAGAUGCAUUGCCUAAAUCAUUUACGCACACGUUAUUUCACAUUGCCAUGCCAAAUGUCGAAAAAAUUCCACGAGAUUGGCUAACGUGGAGUGAGACGAAGAAUGCACUUUACUGUUUUCCCUGCCGACUUUUCUCUAAAAUGCCAGAAACCCAUCGAUCGGCAUUAUCUUUGCCAACAGGAUAUUCCAAGCCCAAGGACAAUAAAUGGAAGAAACUUUAUGAAAAAAUUUCUCAUCAUCAAUCCAGCAGUGGGCAUAAGAUUUGUUAUGUAGAAUGGAGACGAUUAGAAGAAAAUCUCAGAGAUAAUACAACUAUAAAUUUUCUACUAAAUGAUAAUAUAAAGACAGAAGUGGAAAGAUGGAGGCAAAUACUUCGUAGAGUAUUAGAUGUUAUCUUGUUUUUGGGUGAAAGAGGUCUUGCAUUUAGAGGCGAUAGUCAUCUAAUUGGUGACCCCAAAAAUGGGAAUUUUUUGGGAAUUAUGGAACUCAUUGGUCAUUACGAUUCCAUUCUACAUGAUCAUCUCGAAAAAGUAAAAGCUUCUCAACAGAGCCAUAAGCGAAUGCAAGCACAUUAUUUGUCAAAUGAUAUCCAGAAUGAGUUUAUUCAGUGCUGUACAGAUAAAGUCACAGAUGACAAGUUGACAGGAAAAUAUGAGGUAAAAGAGAGAUUUCUGGAAUUUGUAGAUUGCAAUAAAAAAACAGGUGAAGAUAUUGCAAAUAUAAUUACUUCUACUCUUCAGAAACAUAAAAUACCACUGAUGUGCUGUCGUGGACAAGGACACGACAAUGGGAGUAAUAUGAAAGGUUCAGUCAAGGGAGCACAAGCUCGAAUUCUUCAACAUUAUCCACUUGCUACUUAUUCUCCCUGUGCUUGUCAUAGUCUGAAUUUAUGCGGUGCACAAGCUGCUGAAUGUUGUCCUCAAGUGAUAACUUUCUUUGGGAUAGUGCAAAAACUGUAUAACAUAUUUAGUAGCAGUCCUCAAAGAUGGGAAAUUUUGAAAAAAAAUAUUGGUUCGUCUCUUCAUAGCAUGUCCCAAUUGCGCUGGUCAGCUAGAGUGGACUGCAUUAAGCCAUUCGCAACCCACCUUCCAGGUAUAAUCAAAUCAGUAGCUGAUAUAAGGAACUUAAAUUUGUCUAUAGAAAAUCGUGCUGAUCUAAAUGGGAUUAUUUCAUAUAUGGAAUCGUUUGAAUGCAUUCUGAUGUCCGCUAUAUGGUUCAAAGUACUUACUGCUAUCAAUUACACCAAUCUUGUUUUGCAAGCACGGAAUGCUACAUUGGAUGUAGAAGUGACCAAUAUCAAACGACUAAUUGAUGAAUUAAAAACUCUUCGAGAUAAAUGGGAUUCUAUUAUGGUGGAGAGGAAUACCAGUAGACGAUAUGAAGCUGCAUAUGAAAUUGACGAAACUUUUAACUUUCUCUGGAAGUAUAAUCAUUACGAAGAGGAAGAAAUUCGCCGAAGGAGUAAGGAUUUUGUGAAUAAAUACAAGGAUGAUGUUUCCAUGGAGCUGAUUGAUGAGCUUUUGCAUUUGAAAUUUAUCCAUGAUGUUAUUAUCAAAAAUGAUUUGGACCCCUUUCUUCUUCUCAAUAAAAUCAACGACCUGAAACUUAUAUGUCUCUUCCCCAACUUUUGUAUUGGCCUGAGAAUUUUUUGUACAUUACCAGUUACGGUAGCACAAGCUGAACGGUCUUUUAGCAGACUGGCGCUUAUAAAAAAUGAUCUAAGAUCAACAAUGAGUUUCUGGCUUGGGAAUUUUAGCGAUGGAGUGUGA